AUGUUUCCACAAUCAGGGAAAUCGAUUGUGUUCGACAACUUUCCAGAUCCUACUGACGCCUGGGACAUCAUCGAGACAAUCGGGAAAGGGACUUAUGGAAAAGUCUACAAGGUGCUCAACAAACUUGAUGGAAGUAAAGCGGCUGUAAAGAUACUGGAUCCCAUCCAUGAUAUUGAUGAGGAAAUCGAGGCAGAGUACAACAUCCUCAAAGCUCUUUCUGACCACACCAAUGUUGUCAAAUUCUACGGGAUGUACUACAAGAAGGAUGUGAAAUGUGGAGACCAGUUGUGGCUAGUACUGGAGCUCUGCAAUGGCGGCUCUGUGACAGAUCUGGCUAAAGGCAUGCUGAAGAGAGGAGACCGAAUGGAUGAAGCUAUUAUUGCAUACAUCUUGCAUGAGGCCCUUAUGGGCCUCCAGCACCUGCACGUCCACAAAACUAUUCACCGUGACGUCAAAGGCAACAACAUCCUGUUGACGACGCAUGGAGGUGUCAAACUCGUGGAUUUUGGUGUUUCUGCCCAGCUGACAAAUACCCGACUGAGGAGGAACACCUCUGUGGGAACUCCCUUCUGGAUGGCUCCCGAGGUAAUAGCGUGUGAGCAGCAGUUGGACUCAACCUACGAUGCUCGCUGUGAUGUGUGGUCACUCGGCAUCACUGCCAUAGAGCUGGGAGAUGGAGACCCUCCCCUCUCUGAACUCCACCCAAUGAGAGCCCUCUUCAAAAUACCCAGAAAUCCUCCGCCUACUCUCCACCAGCCGGAGCUGUGGUCAGACAACUUUAAUGACUUCAUCGGCAAAUGUCUGAUUAAGGAUUUUGAGCUGAGACCAAAUGUGCUAGACCUCCUCCAGCAUGUGUACAUCAAACAGACUGUUGGCAAAGUGAAAAUACUGCAGAAGCAACUGAUCGAACUCAUUGACCUCAACCAACAAAUAGGAGUGAUUGAUAAAACAAGCCAUCAUGGAAAGACAAACAGAAGCAGUGAAAGUAAUGACAGGCAUGAACGCAUCCACACUAAAAGAGGAGGCCAUAUGAAGACUCAGACUGAUGAUGAGGUGGACGACCUCGCCACCCUAGAAGUUCUGGAUGAGAACACGGUCACAGAGCAGCUCCAGAGUCGCUAUGGACGAGAUCAAAUUUACACAUAUGUGGGAGACAUCCUCAUCGCAGUCAAUCCUUUCCAUAAGAUGGAGAUAUACACUCCUCAGUUCACUAAAGUGUACAUAGGGGCUAAGCGCACAGCUAACCCCCCACACAUCUUUGCUGUGGCCGACGUCGCCUACCAGUCCAUGGUGUCAUACAACACAGACCAGUGUGUUGUGAUCAGUGGGGAAAGUGGAGCUGGGAAAACAGAGAGUGCGCAUUUGUUGGUACAGCAGCUGACAGUUCUUGGAAAGGCCAAUAAUCGGACACUUCAGGAGAAGAUCCUGCUGGUCAACAGCCUGGUGGAAGCUUUUGGAAAUGCCUGCACCGUCAUCAAUGACAACUCCAGCCGCUUUGGGAAGUACCUGGAGAUGAAGUUCACCUGCGGAGGAACAGUGGUCGGGGCGCAGAUAUCCGAGUACCUGCUGGAGAAAUCCAGAGUCAUCCACCAGGCAGUAGGGGAGAGGAACUUCCACAUCUUCUACUACAUUUAUGCCGGCCUGGCUGACAGGAAGAAACUAGCCCAUUACAGGCUCUCCGACAGCAAAACACCUAAGUAUCUGUGUAACGAGCAUAUUAAAUUAGGGCCUGACAUAGUGAGCAACACCUUCUACAAGGAGCAGUUUGAUGCAGUGGAGCAGUGUUUCAAAGUCAUUGGAUUCAGCCUGGAGGAGCUGGGCAGUGUUUACAGCACUCUGGCCGCCAUCCUCAACUCAGGCGAUAUCGAGUUUUCUCCGGUUGCGACGGAGCAUCAAACCGACAAGAGCAACAUAUCCAAUAAUUCUGUCCUGGAGAACGUGGCAUCCCUGCUGUGUAUCCGCUCUGAUGAGCUCCAGGAAGCCCUGACCUCCCACUGUGUUGUGGCCCGGGGAGAGACCAUCGUCAGGCCCAACACAGUGGAAAAGGCGGCGGAGGUGAGAGACGCCAUGGGCAAGGCUCUGUACGGCCGCCUCUUCAGCUGGAUAGUCAACCGCAUCAACGCACUGCUGCGACCCGACAGCCAGCUAGGAGAGGAUGAAAAGGGCUUGAACAUCGGCAUACUGGACAUCUUCGGCUUUGAGAACUUUAAGAAGAACUCUUUCGAGCAGCUCUGCAUCAACAUCGCCAACGAGCAGAUCCAGUUUUACUUCAACCAGCACAUAUUUGCUUGGGAGCAGGAUGAGUACCUGAAUGAGGAGGUGGACGCUCGGAUGAUCGAGUAUGAGGACAACAGGCCCCUCCUGGACCUGUUCCUGCAGAAGCCCAUGGGGAUGCUUUCCCUUCUGGAUGAGGAGAGUCGCUUCCCACAGGCCACUGACCAGACCCUCGUAGAAAAAUUUGAAGAUAACCUGAAGACCAAAAGCUUCUGGAGACCAAAGAGGGUGGACCUUGGCUUUGGUAUUCACCACUACGCUGGAAAGGUGAUUUACAACGCUGCAGGCUUCUUGGCCAAGAACAGAGACAUGUUACCAGCCGACAUCGUCCUGCUGCUGAGAUCGUCAGAAAAUGAGCUCACUCGCAAACUUGUCACCCAUCCGCUCACCAAAACAGGCAACCUUGCCCACACCAAGGGUAAAGGCAUAAACACAAUGCGCAGCCCGCGGACCCCGUCACGCACCAUCACCUUCGCCAAGCAGGGAGAAUCAGUGGACACGCCUUACCACCCGAGAGAAACCACCAACAUGAGAACACAGACAGUGGCCUCCUACUUCAGGUACUCUCUGAUGGACCUGCUGUCCAAGAUGGUGUCAGGGCAGCCUCACUUUGUGCGCUGUAUAAAGCCAAACAACGAUCGCCAAGCCAAUAAGUUUGACCGGGAGAAGGUUCUGGUUCAGCUGCGAUACACUGGAGUUCUGGAGACAGCCAAGAUCAGACGGCAGGGCUACUCUCACCGCAUCGUGUUUUCUAACUUCAUGAAGAGGUACUACAUAUUGGCUUUCCAUGCUGAUGAGGAGCCAGCUGUGACUCAGGAAUCAUGCGCUGCAAUACUGGAGAAGGCCAAGCUGGAAAACUGGGCAAUGGGGAAGACUAAGGUGUUCCUCAAGUACUACCACGUGGAGCAUCUGAACCUGAUGGUGCAGCAGGCCACUCAUCGGAUCAUCCUGCUCCAGGCUUACGUCCGAGGCUGGCUGGGAGCCAAGCGAUACCGGCGGACAUUAAAGGAGCGAGAACAGAGUGCUCUGGUGCUGCAGUCAGCUUACAGAGGAAAUAAAGUUCGCAAGAAGGCGGCCGGCGACAAAAGCAAAGCCAAAUUUGAGGCCUUCAUUGUCCAGUUUCAGGCUGUGUGCAGGGGCUAUCUUGCAAAAAAGAAAUACAAGGAGUUGGUGGAUGAGAAGAACAAAGCUGCAACCAAGAUUCAGGCUCGCUACCGAGGACACAAGGAAAGGAAAAGCUUCAAAAGAAAACAGGAAGAGAAAGCAGAGAAAGCCCUUAAAGAAAAAGAGGAAGAAGAAGCAGCUAAGACCCCCAACGGAGAAGACUCCACUGCUGCCGUCAACGAAGCAGGUAACGAGGAAGAUGAAACUAAAGCUGCUGUGGUUCUCCAGAGCAACUUCAGGGGCUACAAAGAGAGAAAAAAGUUUAAGGAGAGAAAAAAAACAAUGGCCGGGGCUGAAUUAGACGAUCACACACAGGUGCCGGAAGAUGAUGAAAAUUCAGAAAUUGCAGAUGUAGCAAUGAUUGAAGUAGCCCUGUCAGAAGAUGCUGGAAAAGAAGGGCAGGAGGAGGACAAGAUGGAGGAGAAUGAAGAAGAAAACGCUGCAGGAGAAGACGCUGUCAAUGUGGAAGAAGAAACCAAGGCUGCCACUGUCCUCCAGAGUAACUUCAGAGGUCACAAAGAGAGGAAGAGGUUGCAGGACGAAGGCAAGAUCCCAGUUAGGAAACAGAAAGCAACAAGUCCUGCUGGUGAAGAAGAACAUCCCACAGUGAGCACAGGAGAGGAAGAGGUGCAAACUCCAGCAGAGGAAGUAUCAGACAAAGAAGAACCCAACGAAGCUCAAGUUGCUGCAGACGUCAAGUCAGAUGACCAAGAUGAGGCCAAAGCAGCAGUGGUGCUCCAGAGCAACUUCCGCGGCCACAAGGAGCGCAAACGACUCGAGGAGGAAGGCAAGAUCCCGAAGAGGAAGAAGAAGGAAGUAGAAGAGCCUCCGAAGGAAGAACAACAGGUAACGCCAGAAGAAUCAGUGCCAGAAUCCCAGCAGGAUGCUUCUCCGGAGAACUCGGGGGGACUGGAUGAGGAAAAAGCUGCUACAGUCCUCCAGAGUAACUUCAGAGGACAUCGGGACCGAAAGAAGCUGAAAGCAGAGAGAAAGAAUAAAACAACGGAAGAGUCAGCGCACGAUGCAGAGGAGGACACUAAAGAGGAGGCAGAGGAAGAAGCCCUGGAUGUUGGGGACGUGACGAUUGAAAGGAAAGACGAGACAGAUGCUGAGAGAGAGAGGCUGGAGGAAGAGCAGGCCGCAGUGAAGAUCCAGAGCAACUUCAGAGGGUACAAAGACCGGAAGAACCUGAGGGCCAACAAGCAGACAGCACAGACAGAAGCUGCACAACUAGUGAGCUUCUCCAAAGAGAUCGCAAAGACUUCUCAGGACUUCAUGUCGCUGCAGCAUAAGUUAAAUGAGAUCAUCCAGGCCCAUCAAUCAAACCCAGAGAACAAUGGCAUGUUUGUGAGAGGAAAAGCGAUGAAUGGCUAUCCUCCUCAGAAUCAACAAUCAGCCGAGAAGAGACAGUCGAGGACCCCCCGCAGGACCCAGCAGCCAAAGACCCUCAACACUCCGGAGGACUCCACCUACUACAACCUAAUUCAUCGGUCCGUCCAGGAUGAUAAACGCAAGCCCAGGAAAGAGGAUCCAGGGAAGCUGCUGGAUGUAGAGGACCAGUACUACAGGGAGCUGUCCACCAGCAGCUCUGAACCCAGCAUCUCCUCCAAGGACACGUCCCCCAGCAGCAGGCCGGAGAGGAGGAGGUCCAUGGAGAGGAGGAGGUCCAUGGAGAGGAGGCCGUCUGCAAAACAGACAGCAGCUGGCAGCAGACCGACCCGAGCGAGGGCCGUCACUGAACCAGAGCCUGCCAAACCUGUCGGGGACAACAGGCGCUCUUUUCCCAGAAUGUCCUCCACAGAGAGUCGGACAGAGGACAACCCGUACGACUUCAGACAUCUACUGAGGAAGACCUCCCAGAGACGAAAGCUCAUCAAACAGUACUGAACACAUGACUCAAUUUUUGGCAAUUAAUACUCAUGAUAAAUGAGUAUUUUAUUCUGUUAAGUUGUGGAAAUGAAAAGCAUUGACGGCAUUGAUGAGGGUCACCACAUAACAUAGACAGGAUGAAGGUUAAUGUAAAGCUUUACCCAUGACACUGUAAAUGAAGGUUUUAUUGACGUUAUUUGUAAACUAGACAUUGUUGCUUUCGCUCAUGUUGCUGUUUUAAUGUCCUCUCUGGUUAGUCCAAUAAUGUAAGGUUGUCCAUAUCAAUUUAAAAACCAAAUACAACUGUAUAAAAAAAAGAGAUCAUGUAAAUACAAAUGCCAUGCUCUUCAACUUGAACAAAUGUCAUUUGUUUUUAAGAAUGUAUCUUU